AUGCGGGAGCGGCAGGAGAGGAUGCUGAUGAUGAAGCGCAAGAACUUGGAGCGCGAGGAGAAGGAGGGCCGCCCGUCAGCGCGCCAGAGGCGAGCCGCUGACGGCGCUGGCGCUGGAUUCGGUGGUGGUGGCGGUGGGGGUGGUGGUGGGGGUGGGGGUAAUGGGUACCAUGGGGAGGGUGGCGGGUCGGAGCACCGAGCGUCUGGGGGUCAGAGGAGGCCGUCCUGUGGGCCCCUACCUGAUGGGUGGCUCGACUGUCCCUCUAUGGGCGAGGCCAUUGGGAUGCUCAUCUCCGCCAAGGUACCGCUCGGGAAGGCGUUCCGAGAGCUGGUGGAGCCGGGGUGGCUGGACUGCCCGUCUAUGGGCGAGGCCAUUGGGCUGCUCAUCCCCUCCAAGGCACCGCUGGGGGAGGCGUUCCGAGAGCUGGUGGAGCCGGGCAAGCGGUGGACCCCGGAGGUGGCUCUCCGGCACACACGUAGCAUGAAGAAAGACGCAGACGCGGAGCAUGAAGAAAGACGUAGGUGGCGUGGGGGUGGUGAGGAUGGUGAGGGUGGUGAGGAUGGUGAGGGUGAUGAGGGUGGUGAGGAUGGUGAGGGUGGUGGUGGGGGAGAGACUGCAUGUAUGCGGUUAGCGAGGUUGUCGUGUGUGUGA